AUGUGGUCCUAUCCAAAUUAUAUACCUCUUGCCCCAGACGAGAUAUAUGGUAUUUGGAAAGCCAUCAAGGAUCUUGACUUCGAGGAUACCCAUGGUGCCUUCUUAGGACAAGAGAUCAGAGGCAACAGCAAAGCCAUGGUCCUUGAAAGCGCAAAAAUCAUUGUUAGGGCUUCUGGUCAUCUACAGCAUCCGUUGCUGAAUGAAGUCUAG